UCAGGGUUGGUCAUAGUUUGUCGCUUCUUCCCGGGGUGAUCUAGGCGUUUAGUCAUCGUUGCCGCCGCGCCUGUGACUAUUGCGCGAGAUUGUGGGUGACUUUUUUUUAAAUGCAAUUUUGCUUCUGUGCCUCUCUCUUUAGUUAGAGUAGAGGGUUUCCAAGCAGGAGAAACAGUCGAUCUGGUUUGGCUUCCUCUGCACUGGAUUGUUUGGUGUUCUUUGAAGUCUGCGGCAAGCGUCUCCCAAAGGGAAACUUGUGUUGGAUAUCAAAUCCGUUGAGCCCGCAGAGCCAGACGGAAAUCUCUGGAACCGCUUCGAUCAGAACCGAAGGGGAGAUCGGUGGAAGCGGGAGACAGACAGCUAAAGGCGGAAAAAUAGGCUCAGGGAAGGAAUGCCUGGAGAGAGACGCUUGGUGACGGAAGGGAAGGCUGGUUGCAACUGCAGGGGAAGUCGGUAAAUGGAGAAGUUGGGGGUCGGAGCAGAGGGGAGGCCUGGAGGCGGUAGAGUUGGAAGGGGAGGUGGAGAGUCCGGGGCAGAGGCGAGCCUGGCGGAAGGGAGAGAAAGCGAGCUGAGGCGGGGCCGCUUGGAGAGCCAAACUCUUGGGAUGUGAUGCAAAGCCGGAGUUGCGAGGAAGGGGCGCGCAGACGGAUCGGGGCGCGCUCGCUCUCUGUCUUCAGGGGAUCCCAAGAAACGGGUCCAGGAUCAGAGAGAAUCCCGCCUGCUCCCGGAUUGUCUGGGGGCUCGUUGAGUGGGUCAAGGGACGAGGCUUCGCUGCCGUUGGAGAGGCCGGAGGAUUAGCAAGGGCACUUCGGGGGUCUGCCUGAACCGAGCCGGACUUGAGGGCUGCAGACAGCGGCGCGAGGAUGAACGGCGGAGGCGGGGAGGCGAGCUCGGCGCCUUCCUCCAUCAGCUGCACGCUGCCCUCCAUCUCCUCCAACAAGCUCCCGGACUUGCGCUUCAUCAGCCGGGGCACCUACGGCACCGUGUCUUCCGCGCGUCAUGCGGACUGGAGGGUCCCCGUGGCUGUCAAGUGCCUGCAGGGGCCCCUGCUCGAGAGUGACAGAAAGACUCUCUUAAAAGAAGCUGAAAUCUUACACCAAGCAAGAUUCAGCUACAUUCUACCAAUCCUGGGAAUUUGUAAUGAGCCUGAAUUUCUGGGAAUAGUGACAGAAUAUAUGCCAAAUGGAUCAUUAAACCAACUUUUACAUGGAAAAAAUAUAUAUCCUGACAUUGCUUGGUCCCUGAGGUUUCGCAUGCUGUAUGAAAUAGCUUUGGGAGUAAACUAUCUUCAUAACAUGAGUCCUCCCCUUUUGCACCAUGAUUUGAAGACACAGAAUAUUUUACUUGACAGUGAGUUUCACGUUAAGAUUGCGGAUUUCGGUUUGUCAAAAUGGCGCAUGGUGUCCAUUUCACAGUCACGAGGAGAGAAAACUAUGUCGGAGGGAGGGACUAUUGUCUACAUGCCGCCUGAAGAUUAUAAUCCUAAUCAAAAAACACGGGCAAGUGUGAAGCAUGAUAUAUACAGUUACGCCAUUAUUAUGUGGGAAGUAUUAUCAAGAAAGCAGCCUUUUGAAGAUGUUAUAAACCCCUUGCAGAUUAUGUAUACCGUGAUGCAAGGAAAGCGUCCAGACACUAGUGAAGAAUAUUUACCACUUAACAUUCCUCACCGAGAACUGAUGAAGUCAUUAAUGGAAAGGAGCUGGGCACAAAACCCAGAUGAAAGGCCUUCUUUUUCAAAAUGCUUAAUAGAGCUUGAACCGGUACUGAGAACAUUUGAUGAGAUACCUAUGCUUCAAGCAGUGAUACAGUUAAAGAAGGCCAAAGCACAAUAUGAGUGGCAAUGUCUUCGCUUACCUAGCAAGAUGUCCAGUGAUGAGUCAAUAUCUCUUAACAUCCCAGUAAAUGCUAGUUCACAACAGGAAGCAUGUGACUCUUUACUCCAAAGUGAAGGACUUCCUCUACGAAGCCUUCCCCCAGAAACUUCAGAACUUUGCCCUGCAUCGCAGUACAAUAUGCUCUCAAAAGACAGUCAUGAUGAUCUUUAUAGUGGGCCAAGCAUGCUGGUUACAUUGAAGAAAAAUAACUCACCGUCUCUGAGUACUCAUUGUUAUGAUUCUCAACAAAGCUUUUCCUCGUCUGCCAGUUCUAAUUCUUCAAAUUCUUCAUUGCAAUUGCUGCCGCCAGCCGGAAUAAAUUCAGAUCUUAUAUUGAGGACUGUGCGCCAUGGUAUUGCUCAUCAGUGGAUCCAAAGUAAAAGAGAGGAAAUUGUGGACCAGAUGACUGAAGCUUGUCUUAACCAGUGUUUGGAUGCACUCUUAUCAAGAGAUUUAAUCCUGAAAGAGGAUUAUGAACUUAUCAGUACCAAACCUACAAGGACAUCAAGAGUCAGGCAACUGCUUGAUACUACAGAUAGCCAAGGAGAGGAAGUUGCUAAAAUUAUAGUGCAAAAACUGAAAGACAACAAGCAGAUGGGACUUCAGCCUUACCCAAAUAUAUCUACUGUGAAUAAACCCACAUCUCUGAAUUUAUAGAAGGUGGAGUCAAGAACUCAUGUUAUCUGACAAGUCGGAUUCUUGUUUCUGAAAUGUCACUUUAUAACUUUUGCCUUAUUGGUCUACGUAGUAUGGAGAUCUUUUUUUUAAAAAAGGGCUGGUAAGUGAAAGUAUGGUAUGUAUGUAAUACCAUUGUCAUUUUAAACCUUAAAAAUAUUUUUACACCAAACACUUGGAAUUUGAUACACAUGUUUUGUGGACCUAUAGAGAGAGGAAAUAUAUAAAAUAUUACA